GUGAGGGGACAGUGGUCCCAGCAGCAGCCAUGGGGGUCGCGCUGCCUUCACAGGUCCCGCGGCGCUGGUUCCGCCAUGCAAUUCUUCUUGCCAUCUUUGCGUUGUUGCUUUUUUAUCUCUGUGCUUGGAGCCUAAGUGAGUGGCCACCUGCUCUGGGAGGAACCCAGGAAUCCAGGUCCUUGGGACCUAAGACCCCUCUUCUAGCCCUCACCGCUCCGCCUUGCCUCUCCCCAGGCGCGCUCUCAGGCUGUGGAUCCGAGGCACAGUCCUGCAUUCCCAAGGGAUUGCUGCCUUUACAGAUCCAGCAACAGUCGGGAACCCUGGAGGCCCCGGAGCGGGAAGAGCCUCAGUGUCUGGGCCCCCAGGGGAUGUUGAGCCGCAUGAUGAAGCCGUUCCACGCCAGUCUGAACCCCCAAGGGGAUGUGGAGUUGUCGCAGUACCUGGCGGGAUGGAGGGAGCUGAUUAGGUUCCUAACUCCCUUUGGCUCCAUCUUCGCUUUCGCCACAAGCGAGGCCUUCAGCAAAGUGAAAGACCUCGAGGCUCAGGUGCACGGCCCAGAUGCCGCGCAUUACACGUCGCUGGUGGGCAUGGUGGCGUGGGAACGGAGGGCGGGAUUGCUGGAGCGGCCCGGGAUCGCCCCUCAAGACUCGGCCAGGUCCUCAGGUUCACGAACGAUGCUCUUGCUGCACCGUGCGCUACGCUGGUCCCAGCUCUGCCUCCACCGGGUGGCGACCGGGUCGCGGGGAGGCCCGGACGCCGGCGAGCAGUGCAGCGACGCCUACAACACAGCCCUGGGCCCGCACCACGCCUGGCUGGUCCGUCAGGCCGCCCACCUCGCAUUCCUCGCCUUCCCCGGUCGCGGCCGCUUGCUCGAGCUGGCGUGUCCGGGAAGCAGAGAGGCGGAGGCGCGGGCCGCGCUGGCCCGGGCCGCGGGCACCCUGGAGGAUGUCUACAACCGGACUCAGGGAUUGCUGGCCGAGCGCGGCCUGCUCCAGCUGGCCUGAGGCCAGCAGCCUCUAGGACCGGUUAGGAACCCAACACACUGGGGUAGGGUCAGGGGAGCUCAGGGUUCAGGGUGGAGUCCCCGGCUCCAGCUUCCGGCGCCGGGGGGCGGGGCACCCGCUGUCCCUCCUCUUUGGUGACGCCACUGUCUUCAAAGCCCGCCCCUGGCGGGGUGGGUAUUUUUAGACCCUACCUCUAUUCGCAGUCUCUGGAAAAAGGGAGGAGCUGUGGGGAAUAAAAAGUAUUCUUUGGCAGCUGACGAUUUAGGGAGUUUUGCGUGAUGCCAGCAGGCGUUUAAGGGAAAUAGAAAAAAAAAAAAAAAUGGAUGUGUGAAGAUGUGUCAUCCCCAUUCCCGGCAGCGGAGACUCACGCUCCCCCGUGGGAUCUCAACCACUCCUAUGGCUUCAGUUGCCAACUACAUGCUAAGUCUCCAGCCCAGACCUGUCCCCUGAGGUCCAGCCCCCACAAAGC